AUCUGGCUUUCGAUCGGGAUAUUUGGUGUUUUAGGCGAAGCACAUUCGACAGCGUAACUUGGUCCUUUCCCUCGGUCAUGACAGCAAGCGACACAAAAACAUUCAUAUUAUCAAAUGUACUGGCGGGUAUCGGCCUUUUCUCAGCUGCUUACGAUGUGGCUCUUUUACACAAGAGAUGAUCUGCUAACGUUUGCAUGGUGUUCUGCGUCUUGCGUUCGGCGGCUGUAUUUUUCUUGGUUUGGAUAUUUCUACUCUGUCCUAAUAAAGCUAAACUUUGAUUCCUCGUCAUUUGGUAUUCCGGUCUUCUCCUGGCUUCUUGCAUUAUAGCAAGCGGCAAUGUAUCGGGGUAUGAGGGAGGUCAUGCAGGCGAAUGCCUGUGCAAGGCUUUGCUGCUCGUCAACUAUUUAGAU